AUGGAUCAACAUGAGCCUUUACAUGGAUCCUGUCACUGUGGUCGCAACCAAUAUCUGAUUCGAAUUCCUGACGAUGUGACCGAACACGCCCGUAUCUACUUCGAUAGCGGCCGGGACAAUCGGAGAUUCUACGGCACCCCUCUCACCGCAUGGCUCCGGGUUCCCUUGACCUGGUACCAGUCUCAUACCCAGUCGUACUUUCCGGAUGAAACUCACAGAACCAUCCGUCGCAUCUUCUCCCCCCACAAUGCACCCCAUACGCAGCGUGUGUUCUGUGGGGUUUGCGGAACGCCACUCACUUACUGGAGUGAGAUUCCUCAGGGAGAGUCUGACUAUAUGUCUGUAACUAUUGGCAGUCUGCGCGGUGAUGAUCAACGGAUGCUGGAGGAUCUAGAGCUUCUCCCCACAUCGGAUGAAUCGGAAGAGUCGACAGCAGAGCCAAAUUCAUCUUCUCAGUCGUCGACUGUCGCUGUUCCGUCUGCUGGGCUUGAAUCAGGCUUGACUCGGACUUAUAGAGAAGGAACAACGGGCGGAAUUCCAUGGUUUGAGGAGAUGAUCGAGGGCAGUAAAUUGGGCCGAUUGAUGAAAACGAGACGUGGAGUUGGGGUUAGUGAUGACCAAUCGACAACUAUAGAAUGGGAGGUCAGCGAGUGGACUGAUGCCGGACCAGGGGAAGGAGGGAGCUCAACAGUGCAAGCUGUUGGAAAAAGGAAACGUGGACAGCAUCAAAAUACUGAGGGUUGA